AUGGACUGUUCUGGACACUCAGAACAUACAGACAGAUCAUUGGCGACUACGGGAAGAGAUCCCCAAACCGGGAGCCUCUGGCAUGGGCUGGGGCAGGAUCUGGCGCUGGCGCUGGGCACAGCUCUGCCUGUGGGUGUUGUGUUGGCUGAUAGAGAGGGUGAAGAGGUAAAUAGAGCUGCGGAGGGUGUUUAUCAAGAUCCAUUGCAAUCGUCGCCGGCUAGAAGGUGUAGAUCAGGCGGGAACGAGGAUUUUGCGGCUACGGUGAAGAGACUCAAACAGGGGAGGAACAUGACGUCUGCUGAAGCUGAGAGGGAACAGGCGGUUCGUGGCAGGUCCAAGGAACGAGCUACUCCUGAACAGGGUGAAAGCGAUCCGGGGGAGAUUUCACUUAUGGGGUUUGGCGGCGUAGGCCAUUGGAAAGAGCUGGAACUGAACUCACAGAGCCAUGGUCAGGGCCAGAUCCAUAGCCAGAUGCAUACCCAGCAUAUACAUCCCCAGAGCCACUUGCAGAAACUGGCCCAGCAUAUCCACCUUCUGAAACGUCGGUGA